AUGUUGGGGACCUGCAGAAGUUCUUGCAAGCAGAUUACUAUACCAAUAACUUUAGACCGGUCUGUACCUAAGGUAGAGUUAAAGGAAUACAUAAAAAUACGAGAUACUAUUUAUGAAGUUGACAGCAAAGCAGAACAUGGCUUUACUUUUUCACGUCUCCUUCAUUUCAAGUAUUCUAGUAAUCUGGAGAAAGCAGACCCUGACCAUAUUAUUGCACUGGUGACUGAAGUUAUUCCAAAAUACUCCUGCCUAAUCUUUUGUCCCACUAAAAAGAACUGUGAGAAUGUGGCAUCAAUGGUGUGCAAGUAUCUGAACAAAGAUUUUACAGCUCACAGGGAGAAAGAAAAGCAAGAUCUCAUAAAGAACCUAAAGACUAUUGGAAAUGGAAGCAUCUGUCCUGUUCUGAAGCAAACCAUUCCUUUUGGUGUUGCCUAUCAUCACAGUGGCCUUACUAAUGAUGAAAGAAAAAGUAUAGAGGAGGCUUAUUCUGCAGGGGUCCUUUGUCUUCUUGCUUGCACAGCAACUCUAGCUGCUGGGGUCAACUUACCAGCUAGAAGAGUUAUUUUAAGAGCUCCUUAUGUGGCUAGAGAGUUCCUGAAGAAGAAUCAAUACAAACAAAUGAUUGGCAGAGCAGGUCGAGCUGGUAUUGACAGUGCUGGUGAAAGUAUUCUCAUAGCACAAGAAAAAGACAAACAACUGGUUCAAGAUUUAAUUAGCAGCCCUUUGGAGGACUGUUACAGCAAUCUUCUGCCAGAGUUCAAUAAGGGAAUACAGAGCCUGUUGUUAUCUUUGGUUGGAUUGAAGAUUGCAGUAACCCUUGAGGAAAUCUACAGUUUCAUGUGCCGUACAUUGCUGGGUGUUCAGCAGCAGCUGCUGUCUAAAGAGAAGAGCCUCUUGGAUAUAAUUAAAGAAGGGGUAGAAAAUCUGAUAGAAAACGGACUCCUAAAAGGAAAAUUAUCUGAAAAGGACAGUAAUUCCCAAACCAUGCUAACAAUCACACGAUUGGGUAAAGCUACGUAUAAAGGAUCCAUAGACCUGGCACACUGCAAUGCUCUCUACAGAGAACUGAAGAAAGGCUUGGAAGGCCUCGUUCUUGAGAGCAAUCUUCAUCUUCUCUAUUUGGCAACUCCAUACGAUAUGAUUGAUAACUGUAACCCGGACUGGAUGAUAUACUUGAGACUGUUCAACCAGCUAAGUCCAGCAGAGCAAAGAAUAGCAGAUAUUGUCGGGGUACCUGAAAGUUUUAUUACAAAAAAGGCUUCUGGACAAGCCAUCAGAAAGAAUGUGGACAGUGCAGUUAUAAACAGGCUCUACCUGUCAUUCGUCCUUUAUACCCUGCUGAAGGAGACCAAUGUGUGGAAUGUUUCAGAGAAAUUUAGUAUGUCUCGAGGAUAUGUGCAAAGCCUCCUUACGUCUGCUGCUUCCUUUGCCUCUUGUGUUCUACAUUUCUGUGAGGAAUUGGAGGAGUUUUGGGUUUAUAAAGCCCUGUUGACAGAACUUACCAAACAGCUGACGUAUUGUGUUAAGGCAGAGCUCAUCCCUCUGAUGGAAGUAGCAGGCGUUCUAGAGGCACGUGCAAAACAGCUCUAUAAUGCAGGGUACAAAACUUUAGCACACUUAGCUAAUGCAAAUCCAGAAACACUGGUGAGGAUGAUUGAGCAUUUGUCACGACGUCAAGCCAAACAGAUAGUUUCAUCUGCAAAAAUGCUGCUGAGUGAAAAAGCUGAGGCUUUACAAGAAGAAGUUGAUGAACUGUUAAGGAUGCCUACAGAUAUCCCAGGGGCCUUCUGACGAACUUCUU